UCUUGCUAGGAGUAGCCAGCUGACUAGAGGGACUGCGGGCUGGAGUCGUGUCGUUCAUACCAGUCAUCCCUUUAUUUUUUUCGCUAUUAGGUUAACGUCCCGCUAAUUAACAAAGUAAUGUUGGGGAAAAUUAAAACGAAGCAGGAGAAGAGCGGCGAGAUCAUUGCGUAUAGCGAGACGGCAGUUGCGAACAAUGCUGCAGUUGUAGACUAUUGUAAGAUCUCGAUGGCAGCUUUGUCGGGCGGCACAGCUGGACUGCUAGGCUUGACCGGGCUGUACGGAUUCGGAUUUUACGUCUUUGCGGUUUUCGGGCUGUGGGCGAUGCUGCUGAUGAAGGCCGGCGGCCAGUGGAGGAAAUAUUUCAUUAGCAGGCGGCAUCUCUUGACCAGCGGAUUCUUUGGCGGGCUUUGCACGUACGUGUUAUUCUGGACAUUUUUAUAUGGAAUGGUCCACGUCUAUUGAGCGGGGGAAGAACGAACGGCUCGCAGCGAUUGUGACAUCACGCAAUUAUUUAAAGCUACGUAAUUAAUAUAAGCCAGUCAUUGUAUUUAUAUUAUUUAAGGAUACUGACCAAAUAAACGAUGAAGCGUUCACGUGA